AUGAGUUUUACCUACUGUGGCAAUUCUUCAGCUAAGAUGAGUGUCAACGAAGUCUCAGCUUUCUCACUGACUCUGGAGCAAAAAACUGGCUUUGCCUUUGUUGGGAUUUUGUGUAUCUUCUUGGGACUUCUUAUUAUCCGAUGCUUCAAAAUUCUGUUAGAUCCAUAUAGUAGCAUGCCUUCCUCUACGUGGGAAGAUGAAGUUGAAGAGUUCGAUAAAGGGACAUUUGAAUAUGCACUUGCGUGA